GUACACGUGUUUUGAUUAGUUUAGGUUUUGAAAAUUGUUUUUUCUCCUCUCAUUAUCUACUUAAAACAAGAAAUUUAAAUACGUUCAUCAUGUCUUAUAUGAGUGGUUUCGGUCAGAAGACAUUUAAGCCUGUUCCUCCAGAAAAAGGAAGUUUUCCAUUAGAUCAUGAAGGAGAAUGUAAGAAACCGAUGCUCGAAUAUCUGUUGUGUUUGCACCAGAAUGACGGUGACAAUUCAAUGUGUCGUUUAAUAGCUAAGGAAUAUCUUCAAUGUAGAAUGGACAAGGAUCUAAUGAAAAAAGAAGAAUGGUCUAAAUUAGGAUUUAGUGAUAAAAAUGUUACCAGUGACAAGAAGUAACAGCUUUUAAAUACCCCCAAAUUUCCGACUGUCAAGCAUCAGAGGAACUGUGUAUAUAAAACAAAUAUAUUUUGUAAAUGUUUUAAUAUAUAUAUAUUAAAUCUCUUUAUUCCUAGAUAUUCAAUCUUGAGAACUACUUUUUCAGCAUCUGCAUCUUACAUUAAAUUUUUGUGAAACCAUCAAACAUUCUAAGUUAACAGGUAAUGUUUGAAACUGUAAAGAUCUCUUUUGGUAGUAAAGAAUUAAAUUUUUACAAUUUCAAACCAUAUGUACAUAAAUAAUUUUAUAACAACUAUUUAUACAGUAUUUACAUUUGGCAUAAAUAUACAUUAUAAUAUAUUAUUUUCUGCUUUAAAAACAAUAUGUUCGUAAAAUGCCAAACAUAAUAAAAGACUAUUGCACAUGAAUUCUC